AUGGUCAAGAGAGACGACGCCAGCUCCCGGUCUGGGGGGCGGGACUCAUCAGGCUUCCGCCGGAGCCUACCCAGGGUUUCCUUUCUCACCACAUUCGCCACGCAGCAUCGACCGCAAGAGCUAGCCGACAAGGCGUCUCCCAGUCAUCACCAUCAUGAUCAUCACCAUCAGCAAAAUCAGCACCGACAUCGGCAUCAUGGCCACCGCAGCCACAACGAGGCGGCAAAGGAGGCAGAGCUUCGCAUCGAAAUCAAGGUCCGAGACCUAGAUGCUCACCGUCCGGACUUCACAUUCGGCGUCCGGCCGGGCGCUUUCAUCUCCAAGAUCGACUCGGUACUCAGGGACCGGAUGAGCAAGAACCCCAUUCCGGAAGAGGCCUUGGUCCUCUUCUACAGAGAGGGACGGGAGAUCCGGCCCGGCAGCGUGGUCCGCGAGGCAGGGACGAUAUUCUACCGAGUCCUUAGUGGCUCUGAUGACGGCUCGUUAAGGGUACGCUGGCACGGACAUGACAAGAGAGGGGAUAACCUCGACUCGGAAUUUACAAAAGGGCUGGUCCGAGAUAUUGAACAGGGCAUGACGCUACGCGACGUGCGUCGGAAACUCGCCGAGAAAUUGGAGGUAGAGGAUGCCAGCAGGGUGGCCGUGACGGCCUGGGGAGGAAUCCGGCCCGGAGCUCUCGAGGGGGACUCGUGGGAGGUACGCCAGGUCCGGUUAUGGCUGUGUCGAUGCUUGGACGUGGAAGUCAAACCAAGGGAUCGGUAUCUCGUCGUCAGGGGCUUGAGGCGAGAGUACCUGUACCACCCGUCAUCUUCGAGCAGUUCCCACGCCGUCGUGCGCUUCGUCAAGACAUGGAUCCACAACCGCCUCCUGACGGGCGUGCACCGGCACGGGUCCACAAAGGUCGACAUAAGCAGGCGCGACAUUGUACUGGAGCACGACGGAAACACCAUGGAGGGCUUCGCCGAGAUCCCGUGGGGCUCGACGGUGCAGUUCAGUCUGCGAAACUACGACGCUGCCGAGGCCUUCUCGGACGAGGAGUCCUUCCUGCUGCCGGCGACGGAGACGUGCGCCGUCUGCUGCGACGACAGGCGCAUCUCCGAGUUCCCCACCCGCAUCACGCCCAAGUGUGCGCACAAGCCGGAGCUGUGCAAGCCGUGCCUGCAGCAGUGGAUCGAGUCGAGCCUCGAGGGCGUCGCCUGGGACAGGCUCAAAUGCCCAGACUGCCCGGAGCUGCUCGGGUACGAGGACGUCAAGCGCUUCGCGGCCGGCCACGUGUUCGAGCGGUACGACGACCUGGCCACGCGGUCCGCGCUCAAGGACAUACGCAACUUCCGCUGGUGCCUCGACGCCAGGUGCACGUCGGGCCAGAUCCACGACGGCGCGUGCCCGACCUUCAAGUGCCGCGCCUGCCGGGCCCGGCACUGCGUGGCGCACGGCGUGCCCUGGCACAGCGGCGAGACAUGCGACGAGUACGACCGGCGCAACCGGCGGCGGCGCAGGGACGAGCGCCGCUCGGAGCGCGCCGUGCGCGAGAUCUCGAAGCGCUGCCCGGCAUGCGAGCGCGACGUGCACAAGUACUCCGGGUGCAACCACAUCACGUGCGUGUGCGGCCACGAGUGGUGCUACGUCUGCUUCGCGCCCUACCGCACCGUCAUGCCGCAGGGCUUCCUGCGCUGCCAGCACAACGCCGGGUGCACGGAGCGCGACAUCUUUGCCGACCUCGAGGACAUGCCCGGGUUCAUGCCGCCUCCUCCCCCGGCGCCGCCCCCGCUGAACGUGCCUGGCAACCGCCACCACCAGAGGCCGAUGCACCCGCGGUGGGGAGGGCACUGGGGUGCUGGGAUGCCGCCGCCUCCUCCGCCGAGGAGGAUGGCCCAGGCAGGUGGUCCGCCGGGGAGACCCGGGUUCGUGGCGGACGAUAACCCCUUCCGGCCACUGACGCCGCCGCCCCCGCGGGCUCCUCCUGCGCCACCGGGGUUCGGUGGUCCCGGGCCGCACCGCAGGCCGCCGCGCGUGGAGAUCAUCGACAUCCUUGACGAUGACGAUGACGACGACGAGCUCGAUGGUGGCGAUGACCUAGACGACGUUGUGGACGAGACGAGCGACGUCAUCGACGACUCGGACGACUCGGACGACUCGGACGACUCGGACGACUCGGACGAGGAGCCAGAGGAAGAGGAGGACGACAGCAGUAGCGGCAGCGGCAGCGACGACUCGGACGGGGAGCCUAUAAACCGCAGCAGAGACGGCCGAGGCGGCGGUGGCGACGCGGCGUCCGACUCGGACCUGGACAUGAUCCCGCCCGCGGCCCCCGCGCCGCCGCGGUUCGCGGGCACGCCGCCCCGCGUUAGGGAGGAGAUGAACCGCCGGCGGCAGCAGCAGCAACAGCAGCACGAGCAGGCGCUCAGGGACUUCGCCGCCGAGAUGGCGGCCGAGAUGCUCGCGGCGCGGGAGCGGGAUCGCGACCGCGACCGCGAGAGGACGUUUCUCCGGGAGAGGAUGCGGAGGCGGGCGUGGUGA